UAGAUAGAUAGAUAGAUAGAUAGAUAGAUAGAUAGAUAGAUAGAUAGAUAGAGGGGGAAACAGACAGGCAGAUCAUCUAGUGAUGUCACACGCUUGUUGCGCCUCCCCUGCAGUCUGCUCGAACGGAAUCGAAUUUGAAUAUUUCCCACCUCGCCUCAAACUUUUUUUUUUCUCUUCUUUCUCUCCCUCCCCUCCCCUUCGCCACUGCCCUCAGCAGAAGCACCGGGCAAGUGUGGGUGUGAUGCCGGUGAACGUGCGGUCGCUGUGCCCGUCGCUGGAGCGCUCUCUUUUCGGGUCCACGGAGACGGAAAGACGCUGAGUUACGGGGAGCAGAAAGUGAAAGCUGAAUGUUGAAGGACUGCAGCUCGGGAAGAAGUGGCUGGUCACAGCUCGUCAGCAUGCGGGUCCCGCUGAGCGUCUUGUAUCCCGUCCUUUCCCUCACCAUUUUCGGAUUGUAUCCCUCAUUGACUAUUGGACCAAAGGAGGGCUGGCAGGUUUACAGCUCGGCCCAGGACGCUGAUGGGCGUUGCAUCUGCACGGUGGUGGCGCCAGAACAGAGUCUGUGCUCCAGAGAUGCCAAGAGCAGGCAGCUCCGUCAGCUACUAGAGAAGGUGCAGAACAUGUCGCAGUCAAUUGAAGUUCUUAAUCUGAGAACUCAAAGGGAUUUUCAAUACGUCGUCAAGAUGGAGAAUCAGAUGAAAGGCCUGAGGACCAAGUUUAGACAAAUUGAGGAUGACAGGAAAUCCAUCAUGGCCAGGAAUUUCCAGGAGCUUCAGGACAAGAUGGACGAACUGAAGCCGCUGAUCCCCGUGCUAGAACAGUACAAGAUGGAUGCCGCGCUCAUCUCACAGUUUAAGGAGGAAAUCAGGAACCUGUCAGCUGUCUUAACAGGCAUCCAAGAAGAACUCGGGGCCUACGACUACGACGAGCUGUACCAGCGAGUCCUGCGAUUGGACAACAGGCUUCGCAGUUGCAUGGGCAAACUAACAUGUGGGAAAUUAAUGAAAAUCACUGGACCUGUAACAAUAAAGACAUCUGGAACCCGGUUUGGUGCAUGGAUGACUGAUCCUCUAGCAGCCACCAGAAACAACAGGGUGUGGUAUAUGGACAGCUACACCAACAGCAAGAUCGUCCGCGAGUACAAGACCAUGGACGACUUCGUGUCAGGUGCGGUUUCCCGAACAUACAGCCUGCCAUUUAAAUGGGAGGGAACCAACCACAUCGUCUACAACGGAUCGCUUUUCUACAACAAGUACCAGAGCAACAUAAUUGUCAAGUACAGUUUUGAGUCAGGCAGCGUGUUAGCCCAGCGAGCCUUGGAGUUCGCAGGCUUCCACAACAUGUACCCGUACACGUGGGGCGGAUACUCCGACAUCGACGUUAUGGCAGAUGAGCUGGGUAUGUGGGUCGUCUACGCCACCAAUCAAAACGCAGGAAACAUUGUCAUCUCCCAGAUCGACCCCGACACCCUGCACGUCCUGAAGACCUGGAAUACCGAAUACUCCAAGAGAAAUGCGGGCGAAUCAUUCAUGAUCUGUGGAACGCUAUACAUCACCAACUCCCACUUGUCUGGAGCGAAGGUUUACUACUCGUACUCGACCAAGACCUCCACGUACGAGUACAUCGACAUUCCUUUCCACAACCAGUACUUUCACAUCUCCAUGCUUGAUUACAACGCCAGGGAGAGAGCGCUUUACGCCUGGAACAAUGGGCACCAAGUCAUAUUCAAUGUCACUCUCUUUCAUGUCAUAAAAACGGAUGAUGACUCUUAGAGCUCACGUUUGUUUUCCAGAAAUCAGUUAAAAGAUGUCGAUGUGAUGACGUGGACUUUCAAACCAACCAAGAUUGCUUUGUUCCGAUUGGUCAAUGGUGUCACUAACGUUGCACUGGAUCCAUAGUGGAAUUGAGCAUGGACACUGCUGACUUGAUACCUUACUGGAAAACAUGUUGCAUAUUUUCCAUUAAACUCGCUUAUUUGCUGCUGCUUGGACUGUUUCGCCUUAUUUGCAGUGUGUGAUCUACCGGACAAUGACUCUUGAUUGUUUUCUGCAUGUUCACGUUUUAUCUGUGAUUUACUGUACCACGUGUUUUUGUUGUUUUGUUUUGUUUUUUUCGAUCUGUUUUGCUUCUAGUGUUUGAAUUUUCUGGUCACGAGGCCUUUUUAAAACAAAAUACUGUAUCAUUAAAAACAACUUCUGUAUAAUUGGUGCCGUGUAAAGCUAGAUGAUUGUACGUCAUGUAGACCACGACGGGCCUGUAAAUACUGCCAAUAUGUAUGUCUCUGUGGAAGAAUAUUUGUAUUUUUUAUAAAAAAUAAAAUCAUGGACUAUCUGGGAAAUCAAGAUGAAAUAAAAAUAUAAAUUUCAUUACCAAAGCUGGUUAUCGAUGGUAAAUUUAAUACCAAGUGCGAUCAGACAAUUAAAUCAAACAAAAAAUUUGUAUGACCUCAAGUUAUUCUAUGAAAGUCUAUUUCAAACAGCAUUGUUAAUAUGUUAAUAAUUUAUUGUGACAAUCACUGAAUAAAAAUAUUAAUCAAAUAAAUAUUGGUUUAGCUCAGUGGUUCUUAAAAUGAGGGACGGGCCCCAUUGUGGGCUAAGCUUUUUGGCUCCUCAAACUAUCCAAAUGCCCAGGUUCAAUUUCAACCUUUAUCCCCCUAACCUGCCUUUCCAUCUGUCACUCUGGUUAGUAUUUGGACACUGGUCCUUGAGGUCCUUUUUUUUGUCCAGUGUCUUACACAAUUCAUUAGCCCUUCUCAGUAUAUUAUAUAACAGUACAAU